AUGUCUGCCGAAAUUAAACAACUCGUUGAUUCAACUAUCAAAAACAACAAAACCGUUGUUUUCUCUAAAUCUUACUGUCCCUACUGUAAGAAAGCCAAGUCUUACCUCGCUGAAGAUACAAGUGAUCUUACCGUCUUUGAACUCGAUGAGAGAGAUGAUGGAUCUGCCAUCCAAGCUUACCUCAAAGAACUUAAUGGUCAAGGUACCGUUCCCCAUGUCUACCUUAACCAAGAAUUCAUUGGUGGAUCUUCAGAUUUAUUGAAGUUGUCCCACGAUCAAAUCAAGAAGAAGAUCUCUGCUUAA